GCUCCUGCCGCAGGCAGGAGCUGUCCGUAAGCCCUAGUGCUGAAGAAGGCGCGGACGUGCUUGGGUGCCCGCCGCGUGGUACCCGGCGCCCGGUGCCCGGGCCAGCGAAGACCAUGGCGUUCAUGGUGAAGACCAUGGUGGGCGGCCAGCUGAAGAACCUUACUGGGAGCCUGGGGGGCGGCGAGGACAAGGGGGACGGGGACAAGUCGGCCGCCGAAGCGCAGGGCAUGAGCCGAGAGGAGUAUGAGGAGUACCAGAAGCAACUGGUGGAAGAGAAGAUGGAGCGGGACGCGCAGUUCACUCAGAGGAAGGCAGAGCGGGCCACGCUGCGGAGCCACUUCCGAGACAAAUACCGGCUGCCCAAGAAUGAGACAGAUGAGAGCCAGAUCCAGAUGGCAGGUGGAGACGUGGAGCUGCCCCGGGAGCUGGCCAAGAUGAUUGAGGAGGACACAGAGGAGGAGGAGGAAAGGGCCUCGGUCCUUGGGCAGCUGCCCAGUCUCCCUGGCUUGGACCUUGGCUCACUUAAGGACAAGGCCCAGACCACACUGGGGGGCCUCAAGCAAUCAGCUGAGAAGUGCCACAUCAUGUGACUACUUCCUCUGGGGUUGCCCACGGGGGUGACCAGAGGGCUGGCCCCACAUAAGUGCUAACAGCAUGCCUCAAAUUCCAGGGACCCAUAGCCCAUCUUGGCUUUGUUUCCCUGCCCCAGGCCAGCCCCAGGACCCUUCUCAUCCAUGGCUCCAAUCUGCCUUCUGCUUUCUCCCUCUCCCAUGGGACCCAAGUCUCCAUUCCUCACCCUACCCCUCAGGACCCACCCUCCCUACUCAGCCUGGGAAGGCCUCCCAAGAUUGUAAGAAUAGGCCCGACCCUCUCUGGCCAUGGCCCCAAGUUCCUGAACAUGGAAGCACACAUAGAGGGACACACAGAGGGACACAGAGACCCUGGCAUGUGCAGAGGGAUAUGCCGCAGAUGCAUCCUGGCCCACGCAAACACAAACACAGGCCAGCUCCCCUGGGUGCCUAGCUCCUCUAGACACCUACAUUCAGAUGCGCUUAGAGAGGGGCUUGAGGCAGACACCCUCAGCAGUCAGGAGGCCUGAGUUCAAGUCUCCACAUUUAUUCUCCUUAAAACCCAGUGCCCUUUCUGGGCCUUAUUUCAUCAUCUGUAACAUGGGAAUGGACUGGGUGAUUUCUAAGACUUUCUAGCUUGGCCUCCCCGGCCCCUGAGAGUCAACCCCACAGCCCUCGUUGGGUAGGGCAGCAGCUGCAGCCACAGCCUUAAGCGGCUGCCACCGUGGGCUCUGGCUCUCAGAAGCUGAGUGAUGCUGUGAGGGGCCUAGUGCCAAGGAUGAAGCUGGCACUGAACAGCAGCCCAGGUGGCUCCGGGCCUUCUCUGGGCCCAGGGCCCAGCCAGUUUCUGUUCUGUUCCUGUAGAACUCUCUCUGGAUUCCAUAGCUGGAUUUCCUCUCUCAGCUCAGUGAAAAAUAAAAAUUCCAGAUGACCUGCCUAUUCUCCCACUUCUUACUGACCUCCAGGAGUCUUGGGUUUCACAGGCCCCUAACCCUGCCCUUGGAGGGGUGUCCUCUCCCUCCCACCCACAGCUUCACAGGAGUGCCAGCUCCUAUGGGAUAUUCAAGCUCUGCCCUCUCAGGGCCCUGGGCUGGGGCGGGGUCCCCGCACUGACUGAGCACCAGGUUCAGCCUGUGGCCCGAUGAAAUAACUCUGGGCUUUGAGGAGGCUGUGGCAGCCAUCUGGAUGGGCGGCACGUCAGGAAGGCUGGGUCACUACCUGAGACUGUAGGAGGGGCUGAGGCUCAACCACAGCUGUCUCUGGCACCUGUGCCUAUAUCCCCCUCCACACCUUGGAAAUGGAAGGUGUAACAAAAAGAAGGCAGGGCAACUGUGUUCCAGCCCAGGCACUGCUGUGUGACUUUGAGCAGGUCCCUUUCCUUCUCUGAACCUGUUUUCCCCCCUGUGAAAUUAAGAGCCCCACCCCACCCAAUAAUAAUACCUGUUUCAAAAGGUGACCAUUCGUAAAGCCCUUGGCACAUGACGGACCAUAUCAAUAAAUGG